ACUACUAAUACCUCUUAGGCCAGGUUUAUGAAAUGUCCAAAACAUUUUUACGAAAAUUUGUUUCCAGUUUUUGUGUGUGACGUAACCGCACCGGCCCCCUUCCCUUUAAAUGUGAACCCUCCCCCUUGCUCUGUUCACUCUGGUCCAAUCUGAGCUCUGGGGGUUUUCUUAUUACCUUAACUUACAGUCUCUGAAGUCCAUCUGUAAAGUGAAUCAUGCCUUCAGUGCCUUCCAAUACAGAGAAUGAUCUCUCCAAACCUGCCUGCCCCUUUGCUGGCAAAAAGACCACCACCACCACUGGGAGUAGUGAUGGAAUUUUACAGAAAAAUGGGAGUGAAAGCACUGAGAAUGCCAUCGAGAAAUGGAUCCGUCCCGACCUUCCCAGCAAGUGCACAUGGAGCCUGGGAGCAGAGCAAAUGGACUCCCCACACACACAUGCAGUCAGGACAAGCAUUCCGAGCAUCUUACCUAACAUCCUCAAAAAAAUUGGAGACACACCAAUGGUACGCAUCAACAAGAUCAACAAGACGUUCGGGCUUAAGUGUGAGCUGUUGGCAAAAUGUGAGUUCUUCAAUGCUGGUGGCAGUGUUAAAGACAGGAUCAGUCUGCGCAUGGUCGAGGAUGCAGAGAGAGCAGGCAUCCUCAAACCUGGAGAUACCAUCAUAGAGCCUACCUCUGGAAAUACUGGUAUUGGCCUAGCUCUGGCUGCUGCUGUAAAGGGCUACCGCUGCAUCAUUGUCAUGCCUGAAAAAAUGAGCAUGGAAAAGGUGGACGUGUUGAGAGCUCUUGGAGCGGAGAUAGUCCGCACACCCACCAGCGCCCGUUUUGAUUCCCCGGAAUCCCAUGUUGGCGUGGCUUGGCGCCUGAAGAACGAAAUCCCCAAUUCACACAUCCUGGACCAGUAUCGCAAUCCCAGCAACCCCCUGGCUCACUACGACAACACGGCUGAGGAGAUCCUAGAACAGUGUGAUGGAAAAGUGGACAUGCUGGUAGCAGGAGCUGGCACUGGAGGCACCAUCACUGGUGUAGCUCGCAAACUGAAGGAGAAAUGCCCCAACAUUAAGAUUAUUGCUGUGGACCCAGAGGGAUCCAUUCUGGCUGAACCAGAGGAUCUGAACCAGACGGAUAAGACACAGUACGAGGUGGAAGGCAUCGGAUAUGACUUCAUUCCUACUGUGCUAGACAGAUCUGUGGUGGACAGGUGGUACAAGUCCAAUGAUGAAGAGUCAUUCACUAUGGCUCGUAUGCUUAUGAGAGAUGAAGGCCUGCUUUGUGGUGGCAGUUCUGGCUCGGCCAUGGCAGCGGCGGUGAAGAUGGCUAAAGAGCUGAAGGAAGGGCAGCGCUGUGUGGUCAUCCUUCCUGAUUCCAUCCGCAACUACAUGUCCAAGUUCCUAAAUGACACCUGGAUGUACCAAAAGGGUUUCCUCACUGCAGAAGACAGCAUGGUUAGGAAGCCUUGGUGGUGGAAUCUCAGGUUACAGACUUUGAACCUUUCGGCUCCUCUCACUGUCUUGCCCACAGUCUCCUGUCAAAAAACCAUCAAGAUUCUGAAAGAAAAGGCAUUUGACCAAGCACCUGUCGUAGAUGAGGCUGGGGUCAUUCUUGGUAUGGUCACUCUGGGGAACAUGUUAGCCUCUGUGCUAGCUGGGAAGAUCAAACCAUCCGAUCCUGUCAGCAAAGUGCUCUACAAACAGUUCAAACAGAUUUGUCUAACCGAUAACCUCGGUAAACUCUCACGGAUCCUGGAGACGGAUCACUUCGCCCUGGUGGUGCAUGAGCAAAUUCAGUAUUUAACAGACGGUUCCACCGUAAUGAAGUACAUGGUGUUUGGAGUAGUGACGGCCAUUGACCUGCUCAACUUUGUCACAGCUCGUGAGAAACGGGAGCGCUCCAUUUCUGAGUGUACAGAUGAGCUGUGAGAAAGGAGCAUCAGCCCAAAUUACUGUGGAACAUAUUUUAUGAAAUAUAUGUAGAUGCUCAGAAAUUCUGCAGUGGAGGUUUUGCUUCUUGGGUAAUUCGACAGUUUUGGUCUACAAAAUUGAAAUUUUUUCUAGAAAGACCGUCUUUCUCUUCUUUGUGUGUUGUAUUGCAUUGUGUGUUGCGUCAUGAAUGCUAUUAAAUGUUACUGUUUACAAUCAGGCUGAUAUGUUGUGUAAAAGAAUUACAAGAGCGCUUAAGCUAUAACAUUUUGCUCUAGAGAGAUGCCUUCAUGCAGAAUCUGAUUUUGUCCCAUCUUAUUAAAAUUUCAUAUAUAUUUUUUUUAAGAUAGAAUUUUUCUUUGUAAAGAAAUUUCUCUGAAUUGACUACCACUAGAGGGCGAUGUGCUUCAUUUUACUUUAUUUUUUUCAAAUGCUUUAUACUGUUUGAGGCUGUCCAGAGUCUGAUGGCUUGGUUGACAAAGCAAUACAUUUCAAUGGAGGUAACUGUAAGAACAUCAUUGUGCUAAUAAAAACAACAACAACAAAAAAGCAAA